AUGUGCAGUGGGAUGGCACUGCAGAUCAUUCUGCUGGCACAGACAGUCCUCUGGGCUGCAGCACAGACUCCACCAUGCAGAAUACUGGGGAGAGCAGCCAAGCCCAGCUUCUAUCAACAUGGAGACAUCACCAUUGGUGGAGUCUUCGCCCUGAAUCAAACUCCCUUGGAAAUUACCAUGAAAUUUGACAUAAAACCUAAGCCUCAGAAGUGUUCAGGAGUUAACUUCAGAGAAUUCCAGGUGGCUCUGACAAUGAUCUUCACCAUUGAAGAAAUAAACAACAGAACUGACCUCCUCCCAGGAGUAUCUCUUGGAUAUAAGAUAUACGAUUCCUGCAUCUCUCCAAUGUUCUCUUUAAGAGCGGCCAUGGCUCUGAUGAACGGUUAUGAGGAAACAUUGUCUGACACAUCAUGCUCCACACCAACAGUAGUGCAGGCCAUUAUUGGGGAGUCCGUGUCGACUAACUCUAUUGCAAUUGCAGCAACUGUUGGAUUAUUUCAGAUUCCAGUGAUCAGUCACUUUUCAACAUGUGCAUGUCUGAGCAACAGACAACAGUUUCCCUCAUUCUUCAGGACCAUUCCCAGUGACUAUUACCAGAGCAGAGCACUGGCUCAUAUGGUGAAGCACUUUGGCUGGACCUGGAUAGGAGCAGUGAGAAGUGAUAAUGACUAUGGCAACAAUGGGAUGGCCACGUUCAUAGAAGCUGCUCAAGAGGAAGGGAUCUGCAUUGAGUAUUCAGAGAAAUUUCAUAUAACAGAAACAGAGAAACUACUUAAGGUUGUAGAUGUUAUCAAAAGAGGUACUGCAAAAGUAAUUGUAGCAUUUUUUUCUCAUGUUGAGAUGAAGAGUUUACUAGAGCAUAUGGCCGUGCAGAACAUUACUGGUUUACAAAUGGUUGGCAGUGAGGCCUGGAUAACAGAAUAUAAUCUAGCUACACCAACAAGUUAUGGAAUACUGGGAGGGUCUGUUGGCUUUGCUGUCACCAAAGGCAAAAUAAAUGGUUUCAAAGAAUUUAUAUUAAAACUUCAUCCCUCACAAAGCCCAGGAAACCUUGCUGUUAUAGACUUUUGGGAAAAUGCCUUUCAGUGUUCCCUAAUAAAUGAAAACAGUCUACCUAACAUUAACCCCUGCACUGGAUCUGAAAGCUUAACUGAACUGGAAAAUGAAUACACUGAUGUAUCAGAGCUGAGAAUUUCCAACAAUGUUUACAAAGCAGUAUACGCUGUUGCUCAUUCUCUACAUGACCUGCUGGCAUGUACACCCCAUCAAGGCUGCACAAACAGUGUGAAUACAGAGCCCUGGCAGGUGCUUGAGGCUCUCAAAAAAGUAAAUUUCACUUUGGGAACUGGAGAGAAAGUCUCUUUUGACAGUAAUGGAGAUCCGGUAGCCAGAUAUGAGGUUGUGAACUGGCAGCUUGGUCCUGAUGGUGCAGUACAGUUCAGAGUGGUCGGCUACUAUGAUGCUUCUUUACCAUCUGGGCAUCAGUUUGUGAUGAAUCCUGUUAGUAUGGUUUGGGCAGGUGGGCAAACACAGAAACCCACAUCAGUGUGCAGUGAGAGCUGUCCCCCAGGCACUCGGAAGGCUGUGCAGAGAGGAAGGCCUGUCUGCUGCUAUGACUGUGUGCCCUGUGCUGAGGGUGAAAUCAGCAAUGCUACAGAUUCUAAUGAAUGCAUUCAGUGCCUGGAAGAAUACUGGACUAAUGCUAAAAGAGAUCAUUGUGUUUUAAAGGCUGUUGAAUUUCUGUCCUUUCAAGAAAUUAUGGGAAUAGUACUCGUUACGUUUUCCAUAUUAGGAGCAUGUGUAACUGUAUUUGUGGCUGUGCUGUUCUUUAUAAAGAAGGACACACCCAUUGUGAAAGCCAACAACUCAGAGCUGAGCUUCCUGCUGCUCUUUUCAUUGAAACUGUGUUUCCUUUGCUCUCUUACCUUCAUCGGCCGGCCCUCUGAGUGGUCCUGUAUGUUACGCCACACUGCGUUUGGGAUCACCUUUGUCCUCUGCAUCUCAUGUGUUCUGGGGAAAACAAUAGUGGUGUUAAUGGCCUUCAGGGCUACACUUCCAGGUAGUAAUGUCAUGAAGUGGUUUGGGCCUCUGCAGCAGAGACUGAGUGUUCUUGCUUUCACUCUCAUACAAGUCUUAAUUUGUGUGCUUUGGUUAACAAUAUCCCCUCCUUUCCCCAACAAGAACAUGAAACACUACAAAGAAAAGAUCAUUCUAGAAUGUGAUGUAGGAUCAGCAGUGGGGUUCUGGACUGUGCUGGGUUAUAUUGGGCUCCUCUCUAUGUUGUGUUUUGUUUUAGCUUUUCUGGCUCGUAAGCUGCCUGACAACUUCAAUGAAGCCAAAUUCAUCACAUUCAGCAUGCUCAUAUUCUGUGCAGUCUGGAUCACCUUUAUACCAGCUUAUGUCAGCUCACCUGGAAAGUUCACUGUAGCUGUGGAGAUCUUUGCAAUUUUAGCAUCUAGUUUUGGCUUGUUGUUCUGUAUAUUUCUUCCAAAAUGUUAUAUCAUGUUAUUCAGACCUGAGCAAAAUACAAGAAAACAUAUAAUGAGUAAAACACCAGUCAAAUCUCAGUGAUUAUCUACAUCAGCAAUACUUACCUUUUCUUAAAAAAGAUCCACUAAUAAACUAAUUGAAAUAAAUUAUGUUCACCAAUGUGCGUUCUCUUGAUGGAAACCACCAAUAAUAUCACCAAGCAAUCUGUGGCUUGACUCAUUUAUUAUUACCAUUACAAUUGGUUCAGUUGUGGGUAAAACUAUUAAUUCAUUUAUUUCAUUCAUAAUUUGCAGUGAUACAGAAAAUAUUUUGCAAUGAAUACUGUUGCUAUUCAAAUUUAUUUUUCAAACUGGAUGCACAACACCAGGU